AAGAGCUCUGGGACAUCCUCCUGGGAAGCUUCAACAUAGCUGUGGAAGUCUGCAGUCUACAAGAGCCUACUAUAGACAUUCUACAACCAACCAGAAUCAUGGAACAGCCCACUUCAAGCACCAAUGGGGAGAAGAGGAAGAGCCCCUGUGAAUCCAACAAUGAAAAUGAUGAGAUGCAGGAGACACCAAACAGGGACUUAGCCCCCGAACCGAGUUUGAAAAAGAUGAAAACGUCAGAAUAUUCAACAGUAUUAGCGUUUUGCUACAGGAAGGCUAAGAAAAUACAUUCAAAUCAACUGGAGAAUGACCAGUCCCGAGAGAACUCCAUCAAUCCAGUCCAAGAGGAGGAGGACGAAGGCCUAGACUCAGCUGAAGGAUCUUCAAAGCAGGAUGAAGACCUAGACCCACCUGAAGGAUCUUCACAGGAGGAUAAAGACAUAGAAUUACCUGAAGGAUCUUCACAGGAGGAUGAAGACCUAGAGAAAAAGCGAUCAUCUGGGUCAAGAAAUGAAAUAGAAAUUUCAGAAAUUACAGAAAUUCUCCAAGCAAGGAGCCAGAUAAAUAAAUAUUCUGACUUCAUUUUCCUCCUUCUCCAGUGAUCUGCAGGGACCUACCAUUCACUAAAACUAACCCGAAGCCAUAGAACAAGACAGCUUAUUAAUACAGUCCAUGGUUUAUAUGAGUAGAUUUUUAGCAGCACAAAGUAGAGUGGAGAAUGGAUCUGGUGAAGCAAAUGGACGAUAUAUUGAGAACACUGAACUCAGAGAAGCAAAAGCCUCAGGAGAGAUCAUACUGUCUUUCUUCAACUCUCUGAUAUGGUGUCAUGUGGAAUCAGGCCAGACUUACACUUUUUGAGUGUCAUACCUAUGAUUAGUAGAACCACAGUAGGGAACUUAGGGGAAAGUAGCAUAAACUCCCUUAGGCAGUUGAUGUGGAUGAGUUUGUCCUGGAAAAGCUGUUUACAAAAUGAUCAACUGUAAUUUUGCUCUUUUGGAGCUUGGAAAACAGUACCCCAAAAUGAA